CCAAGGGGGAGUAGAAAUACUCCUAGUCGCUUCAUGCUACAGAAACCGGGAUAAGCUCCGGCCUGAUGGGCCAUUUAGCUCGUAUAAACUUUACCGUUACUUAUCAUUAGCUCCUGUUUUAGAGCCUUUUUACUUGUCGCUGUCGUGAGACUAGAUGACGCUUUGUUGCGUCUGGGCUAGUGAAUUCUAUAACCCUCUGUGUGUAGUGGUUCCAUCGAUUCAUUGAGUCCUCAUUCUUAGCAUGAAUGUAGACUUAAGCAAGAGGAAGCGUUAAACGUUUUAUUUACAUACAUGCAUAAGGCGAUCGUGACGUCAUUACGUCAUCAUAUAAUCGCCUUGACAGGACCACUUCUUGCAUGAAAUAUCUUAACCCUUCGAUAACGUUUACGUUCCCUGGUUUGGAAGUAUGUGUCUUUAUUACGGCCAAGGCGAGACGAUUUACGAGUUGAGAACAUAUACUGUUCCGUCUCUUCCCCGUCCGUUUAUUUUGCAAUUUUAAUUCGUGAUGAAAAUAUGUUAUGUCUUAGUCUAUAAAUGACGUACAGACUGCCAUUACAUUUUUCGAAGUUAUUGUUUUACCCUACGGCUACUAAAUGAGAAGCGAUUUCGUCGCGCAGUUAUUAAAACAAGCUUUUUGAAUUAUUUAUGUUUUAUAGCGGAUGUUCAGUCCUGAUAAUGUAAGGUUUUCUGCGGAACGGAAUGACAUUUUUUUUCGUGCAUGGAGAAUAGUUUUUUGCGAUUUCGUGGGACCGUUAUUUUUUAGUACAAGAGGAUUUCUUUAGAGUCGUGGGCUGACAGUGCUACCCUAAAAGUGAUCUGUGAACUUGUAUUUGUGAAAUGCAAAUUAGACUACCUGUGCGAUAAAGUCAUAAAUAAUUAUUCCUUUUACAUAAUAUGAACUUUGCGUGUCGUUCUUUUGUCUUAAGUUUGCAUUUCUAUGUCACAGUGGAAUAAAAAUUGGAAUUGAUCGCACUUUGUUGAUCUGAAUGAGUCUUACAGCUGUAAAGCAAACUAAACAUUUCAUUCUGGCUUGGACUGGUGUAACCAUAACACAGGAGUAAAUGUCGCACACAGCUUGUUAUUUCAUAUUUCUGCACUUAAACGACUGCAAACCAAUCGGUUUCGAAGAAGUUAAGGUGGAAAUUCAAUUCUAAUGGAAAAGCCAAAAUUGAGAUGGAAAUUUCUGCUUGUUCACAUUUUUCCUGAUUGGUGUAAUUUAGCGGCAACGUUUGCAAAGGUUUGAUUCUAUUAAUUUAAAAAAUUAAAAAAUAAACUAGAAUUUAAAAGAUUUGGGGUAGGUUGGCUGUGUAAUAUACAGUAUUUUUAAUUUAUCUGACGCAAACUGCGUUUUCACUUAACAAUGUCUUCUGAGAGGGCGACCAACACAGCGUGUGGCUUAAAUUGAACACAAUAGGUAUUAUUGUAGGAAAAGAAACCAUGUAAAUCGUGUUCCACAGUUGCCACAAUAUGGAGCUUGCUAAUCUACUGGAGAACGGCCUUGAUUGAUAGUUUAUCGCUAAUAAAUUAUAUUGGUUAAAUUAAACUGAAAGCGUUAAUUUUGAAACGGGUACCACGUUCAUAAUUUUUCGCAAAAAUAUUACAUGUAAACCUAUUUAAUUUUACCGGAGUUGUACUUAAUAUGUGAGUUGCAUCCCUCUGUUUAAUACUCGCUUCUACUCGCUAAUUAUACAUAUAUUUUGUCGGUGUACUUUGACAGCAACUUGCAGUUAUUACAAAGCACGUAGUGGAGUUUUACAUUCACUUGUGAAUAACAUUUGUAAAGUAUCUAAUACUGUCAAGUUUGCUAAGGCCGGGCUCUUUCUUGGAAUAUUGCACGUCAUUUCUACUUCAUAGGUACCUUUCAAUUCUCUUUGCCUCUUGAGUUUGUAAUCAGAGUGCAUUUAGGAAAAGGUUUUAUUAAAGCGCGGUUAUCUCGUGGCAGGUGUUGACUCUUAAAGACAUGAAAAAAAAAAAAAAAACAUUUUUAUCGCCGUAAAUGCAAAUUGUGUUAAGAUAUUACGACGUUAUCUUUUAACGAAAAUUUCUAGAUAUGACUGGAAAGUGAUUUUCAUCUUUUUUUUUUUUUUUUUUCAUUUUCUCGUAAAGAUUUUGAUUGUUAGCAGUGUUUGACUUGGGUGGUUUGUUAUUGCGAAGUGUGAGAGUUGUUUACUUAGUCAUACAAAAGCUCUGGAGGUGAAAAACGAAAUGUUCCGCCUUGUGGGAUCUGGCUAGCCGAAUCUGGAGGGCAAAUAAUGGCUGUCUUGUAUGUCAGACACAUUUGGUAAUUCGGCCAAUCGGUUGCGCGACCAUUGACGCCACGGACGUAUCAGAACAAGGUUCAUUUCGCAAUUUGUUUUAGCAGGUGAAAGUUUCACUCCAGGAGACCAAUCAGUCGACCGCGGAGAGUUAGACACUGUCACGUAGAAACUACGCACCGAGGUGCCGGUGUGAAGGGAGAAGACGCCAAAGGAAAAAAACACGAAUGGCGAUUUAACGGUUCACUGGGGGUUUGCAGACGCGGCAAUAUGUUUAGUAACGGAACCGCAGAGUAUAGAAAGCUAAUUCUUUCUCCAGGAUUUAAAAUAACUAUUAUAACUGUACUGGUAUUGGAAAUUGUCCUCGGCAUUGUAGCUAGCUGUACAGUUUUGCUGAUCUACUGGAACAAGAGGAAUGUCCGAAGCGUUGCUACAAAGUUCAUCGCAAACCUGGCGCUGAUUGACUUGAUAAUCUGCUGUGUUUGCGCGCCGUUCACUGUCGCUCGUUUAGCAGGAUUUCCUCAUCAUUCGACUCUGUUCUGUUGUUGGCACGAGUCUGUUACAUCAGGUCUGAGAAACGCUUCGUUCCUAACCCUGCUCCUAAUUUGUUACGACCGUUACAAGUCAGUUACAAAUCCCUUUGUGCUGAGACUGAACCACCGCAAGGCUAAGCGGGCCUUGUUAUUGCUGUGGUUCCUAACUAUCGUUAGCCUUGCGGCACCUUUUGUAGAAUGGCAGCAAAGGACUAAGAACACCAGGCACUUAGCUUGCACACUGAUGUUCAGCAAAUCCCAACAACCUUUCUACGUUCGUCUCUACUAUUUACCGUCGUUUGUCCUUGCAUGUGCGAUUUUAUUGCCCGCGUACUUGCGGAUAUCAAAAGCUGCGCUUUCCAGAGUUCACAUUCAAGCCAUGUUGGUGAGAACAUCGUUCGUAGUACCUGCGUCGACAGCGCAACGGUGGAAUCAGGCGAUGGUGCGUCAGAAAGAGUGGAAGAUCGCCAAGAUGACAGGAGCAGUCGUUUGUUCUGUUUGCGUUUUAUGGCUGCCAUAUACGGCUUUAACAUUCGCUAUGCAUUUUUUAGUGGCCUCUACUCUCCUGGCUCGUUUGGAGUUCCUGUUUUUAGCGCUCGGGUACUUUAACUGUGUGUUAAACCCUCUACUGUACGCCUUCACAAAAGAAAAAUUUCGCACUGCGUUCAUGAGAACUUUGCCGUGCAAGCAGAAAUAACGGCGCACAAGAAAAAGUGUACUUGUAUGUUUUAGUUAAGACAUUAAACCGUCGUUCGUCGUCUUGUUUACGUUAGGAACUUUGUUAAUUCUGCCCACCUUUAUCGUGAUUUGAAAUUCCUUAUCGGCUGAGUGGAAGUGUAACGAAAGAGCUAAAAAGCUUUAGGCACUUCUGCUUAUUUCGCUGCCGUUGAGAUUAUUCCUUUAAGAAAUUUGUAAUAACCCAGUAACGAAUGCGAAAUUAGCGUGUAUUUGCUUUUCUUAAGGACUUUUCGUAUCCUUUCAAAUUAGUGGAGUUCUUAGACUAUUGUGGUCGGUUAUCCUUUCGCCUUCAAUCUUUAGUGCAGACAGAUUCAUCAUUAUUUUUAUACGAACAAUAACGAAAUCUUCUUACUGCCCUUACAAAGCACCAGAUAAACUUCUAGUAUCGUGUUUCGGGAUACAGUUCAAUUUAUUGGCAAAACGAUGAAAAAUGCAAAUUCAGAGUUAAAACACAUAAUCCUCGCAGAUGGCAAGCAGAAUACACUUGAAUGUGUUUCACCAUUUGCAUUUUGGUGCGUAUCCAUUAAAUAAUACAUUAUAAACAUUUCAUUUAUGUUACUAAUUUUGAGCCCAUAAUCCCAUCGACUGCAUGUGCUUUAGAAACAACACACGAUGCAGCUUUUUUUCCUUGUCGUUCACAAUGUCUUCCCCGUGGCCUGUGUUUCCUGCAAGGUGAAAUCUAUACGAAAACUUAUCGCAUAAUUUAAAUUGGAAUUGCAAAGAAUACGUUGAAAUCAAGUCGAAGCCUUGGUUUCAUUUGUCCGUGUCAAGGAAAAUAAAAGAGAUAAAAUAGCCGUCACUCUCAAAUAAGACACUUCUCAUUAAAUUAUUAUCGUCGGCGGCUCUGUGCACAGCCGUAAAUAAUUUAACACUCUAAGUGAAACAAUUAAAGUCGCAGGUCUUCAUCGGAGUUUUCAAUAUCAAGCUGCUUUAAAAGGGGCGUCAUAGAGGUGAAUUCGUUUCAAAUGGGAUCAAAGACAAGGGAGGAAUAAUUAGAAAGUGAGAAGCUGAAAUAUGCGCCACCAGACGGACCUCCCUUAGAUGAGAACUCUAUGGGUGGCUGUCUUUCGUGUUGAAAAUCUAUUCAGAAUUCACUUUAAAUUUUAAUUUGAAAUCACCAUUGCUUGUAUAAAUAUUCAUUUUUCAUAAUUAUCGCGGUUUCCAGAGGUAUCUAUUAGCCCCUCUCUCUUAUAAUACCCCAAAUUAGCAUGACUUAACAUUCCGUUUCUUGGACGUACGCAUUCUCGCCCCCAAAACGAGCAGCACUGGGAACGAGAAUGGAACCUACUUCAAACAUUGAGUGACGCGAUUUACUGCGCAUGCCUUAUUGACGCACAUGAAAGAUAAAUUGUAAGGCAAUGGUACGUUUGUAAAUAGUUUUCAGUCUUGGAGCUAUUUUUAUCCUUGUGAAUGCUCUGAACUUUUUUUUGUAUCAUUGUUGGUCACCGAUAAUUCUCAGCGUUUCUUUUGACUGGUUUAUCGGCUUUUUAUCUAGAUAAAUAAAGUUAAUUCCAGAUACACACCUGUGUAAAGGAUUGAAUUGUUGAGAUUGUAACCACUUCAGCGGGAAAUGCUGUUCGGAAUAGUCAGAAUGGGGUGGAUUAAAUUCAUUCGAUUUUGAUGAUGUCGAUGAUUGUUGAUCAUCCGUCGCAACUUGCACUGAAAAUGGCGGCCGCUUGAAGUACAGAGAAACAACUUGAAGUACAAGAAACAACGACGAACAACCACAGUUACGAGGCCCUAAUACUGCACUGUUCACCUUUACUGAGCAUCAAUAUUAGCGCGUCCUAAAAAGCGCACAUUAUGAACACAAUUGUCUUCAGUUGUCUGCUUCUUUGAGAGGUCAGUGAUCGUUCACUCAAACGAGAGUGAUAGCCUGUCUCUUGCUAGUUUUCCCAGAAGGCCGGGUAAAUAAUUACUGGGAACUUGGACUUACUUAGUUCAUUAAUUGUAACCUCGAAAACAAGGCUUUCCGGAGGAACGUGUUCCUUCAUCGUGAGAGUCAUGUUCAGCUUUUUUUUUAACGUUGCAUAGUAGUGUAGUUGUCUGGGUGUCCACAGAGUAGCCUGCGUAAUGGCCGUUUCAUUCUGAUAGCGGGAGAAGCGCAUUACUUCAGGCGCCUCUCUUACAGCGCUCUGAAAGGAGGCGAAAAAAUGGCUUUCGCAAUUAUGGUGACUUAUUCUCUAUGUUCUUUCGCGACAUUUGCGCGCAAUCAUGAAUAGCUUCCGAAAAUUUCCACAUUUGUAACUUCAAGUGAAUCGCCUUGCGCGUGCCGACCUGUUAGUGAUAGCCACUGUUGCUAUAAUUAAAUGACUUUUAAGCCACACUCAGAGAAUGUCAACCUUAAAGUUUAAGUAUAUAUACAUCGAAUGUAGGGGUAAAAGAGUCACGGUAUAUCGAGUCUCUACAUACAUACACAUACAUGAUACACUUCAUUUAAUCUCAGAGUAGAUAGACUUAGCAGAUAUCUCCGAGAAAAAGUAAAAAUACAGGGUUAAAAAUACUACAUGGCUAAAUAAUUACGUCUUAUGAUAUUAUUAUUAUUAUUAUUAUUAUUAUUAUUAUGUAAUGAUUACUUUAAUUAUAGAAUAUGAUAACCUCUAGUACAAAUUGCGCAUAAACUUAGAAUUGCGGACAAGCCGCUCGAAGUCAUUAUAAGAACUUACUGAUCAGUUUCGAGGCAACAUAACGAGAAGAAUUUAGACCAUAGGAAGUUGUAGACGUCUUGGGAAGAGAUGGAAUGUUACUGCCUCUUAAGGGCCUUAAAGAAUACGAAACAGUGCGUAAAGAGAACAUUUGUUUCGUGUAUGCGGGAUACCUGACUUUGAUCACCAAGAAACCGAAAAAUAUAUUGCAAUAAUUCAAACUAGACAUACAGAUCAUAGUAGUAAUAUGACCAUCUCGAAUAUUGCCGAGAGGGAAAGACAACCAGGAAAAAAUACAGUGGUUUUACACUGUAACUGUGAUUUGAAGGGGUACGUAAACUGUAAUAUCAUGAAUGUCUUGAGGAGGCAUAUGACUAUUUUUUAUGCUUUCUUCUUUUCCGCAAAUAUAAGACGUUCUUUACCAAUGUUUUUUGCUUCUUCUCUUUCAUACCUUCACUAUCUUUGGGUAUAUUUAGGAAUUCACAACGCGACCAGCUCCCAUUUAGCCUCAUAGCUCAGUUGCAGCUGGAAAAGCACUGCGGCAUGGGUUCGAAUGUCGUUCAAGCCUGAAUUUUUAUGCAGCUGCCUAAGUUGUAUACAUAACUGAACUGCGAUAAUCACUGUCUCCUGUCCUAAAAGGGUUUUGUUUUGUUACCGUGACCGCAUUCGUUGUGUUUCAAGUCUUGACCCUUUUUACUAACCCAUAAGUUCGGCUCCCUGUGGGUAAACUUGCACGGUACACCCUGGUAAGUUUGUAGUAGCGAUUAAAGUAAGCUUUCACAGGGACGGGGAGGGGGAGGAGUUGGUCAGUUGGGCUGUAGCCCUACCACUUUUAUUGCUGAGAUUUAUUUUCUAGGGCUCCAGAUGGCGCGCAAAUGCAAGAUAAACAAAAUGGCGAAACACUGACCUUAACGUUUGUUUGUAUUGGUCAAAUUUUUUUAGCCCUACCACAUUAAAAUGGUCUCCGCGGUCCCUGUUUAAGAGAAAUUCUGUAAUGAGACGUAUGCGUUUUGGCAUUACCGAGUGUAAAGAAUAGCAGUUUGAUCAGUGCUAGUUUUCUGUGCUCUGAAGAAGCAGUCUUGUGCCGAAACGUCGCUCUUUUAUUUUUGACUUCUCAUAGCGUAAGAAUAUUCAAGAUUUCUCAAAGGCGUACUAGCUCAGAUUAGUGCUAAUACAUGAGUUCUCUCUCUUCUGGGCUCAUUUUCUCUUUAUUUGCUGAAUUACUACUCGGGAGAAGUUUUCAGUUUAUGACCAGUUUCUUUAUUUAGCUCAGUACAGUUAUUAUAAUUAAAUUCUUGUACCUAAUCGUACCUUUUUGGUGCGUUUCGGCCGCCGUUCAGGCUUCGAUUAGAAGAGUUUGGUCGCCAAAGCGUAGCAAAGAAAGGCACGAUGAGGUAUUUACUGUACUCAAAUUCGGCCAAGUGACCAUGAUAUCGUAGCUAGCCGUAUCGUAGGAUAUCAGGACAGUGGACAGGGGUUCUCAGUGAUUGGCCAAUUGUGAAUUUGGGGUCCGGUAAUCCCAAAUAUUGCUACAGUACAAAAAAAGGUAAGGAGGCCAAAGUGCUGAAAGUGUAGAGCACCUGAGAGUUAACUUAGCUAUGAGCUCUAUAAAUCUUGACCUAAAAUUAGGCAAAUAAUCAUAAGCGUAUUUCUGUGUCCUUGGAGACGGUGCGAUACUUGCUUGAGUGGACAUCUGACAGCUUGUUUGGUAACCAAGAAGUGGGCAAAAUUUCCGCUAUAGUCGGAUGGAUGACAUGGCAUUUUUUUCAUCUCCACUUGAACCAACCAAAACAAACUGGACCGCAAGGAAUGCUUAUCCGCUUGGCUGCUAUGCACACCUGUGGUAACAUGUGUAGUUUGUGCAACGAUAUAACGAAAAGACUUGCAGUUCAAGUCUGUAGAGUCUGUGUAGAAAAUUCUAGACUAACUGAGAGCUGAGAAACGAUAAGGGGCAAAUUGGUGCACGUUCCCUGAGACGUUAAACCUCAAAUGCUACGCCUCGUUGAUACGCGUAUCAUUUUCCGUUAUAGCAAAUAUCAAUCUCGCGGCCACGAUGUCGUUCGUCAUCACAUACACACACGCACACACACACUCUCUCUCUCUCUCUUCCGCGUGGUUUUUGUUG